GAGCAGGGCGCGAGGCGAUGCGCACAGCAGAGAGUCAACAGGAGCGGACGUGGUGAACGAAACUGAUUUUUGAGGACAAGGAGACAAAAGUGCAAGCAGAAAAAACCCUCAGCAGAAGUCAGUGUUUCCAGUGUUUUUGAGCACACGCCUCCAGAAAGCUAAUCGCGGGAGGUCGCGUGCGGGGUACGCUGUCUGUUCGGUAUUUGACUCGGACCGCUCAGUCUGACCGUCUGCCGACCGGCUUCAGACGCUACCGUGCGCCCCGAUUAUGGACCAGCUCUUCUGAUCCGGACAAGAAGACGAGCCGCCCUGGACGCCAACAAGUCCACCGUGCUUUGAGAAAAUGGGUUGUUUUUCCACUGUGGAGGGGAGGGCAUUGCUGUAACACCGGCGGAUCAUGGCAGGGGUACACGCUUCAGAUGUUGUGUCGGGACAUUUUCUGGAUCCUACCAUCGGCGCCUCGCCAGCCCAGGGCGCGACCAAUACAGCGGGGAUCCCCAGCGAUGCGGCCGUGGUGACUCUCACCGGUACCCGGGCGUACUUGGAGGUGUCGGCCGCUGCCCAGGGCUACGGGGCCGAAGGAGUUUACACCAAUGGACGGUACAGGGAGCACGGCAGCCCAAGGAUCGGGAGUGACAGCCGUGAUAAUUCCGCCGAGAGAAGUCAGGGAGCUGGAAACACACCUUGCGGCAUCAUGAAGGAUGGAUCAAAACAGAGGCAGGUGAGGAAGAAAACGGUGUCCUUCAGCUCAAUGCCAAAUGACCGCAAGAUCAACAGCACAGCUGCUUGCAUGGCCUUCAUGAUGGAGGGUUGUGAGAUGAAGAAAGUGCGCUCCAACUCACGUAUGUACAACCGUUACUUCCUGCUGGAUCCAGACAUGCAUUGGCUGCGCUGGGAGCCUUCCAAGAAAGAUUCAGAGAAGGCCAAACUGGAGAUCAAGGGUAUUAAGGAGGUCCGUUUGGGUAAGAAAACUCCAGUUCUGCGCAGCAAUGGUCUAUCAGAUCAGUUCCCGGAUGAAUGCGCCUUCUCAAUCAUCUACGGGGACAACUAUGAGUCCUUAGAUUUAGUCGCCAGCACAGCAGAUGUUGUCAGCACCUGGGUGAUGGGCCUGAGGUAUCUUGUGUCUUAUGGACGGCACACCGUAGACAUGGUGGAACCCAGCCAACCGAGUCUACGAACAUCUUGGAUCGGCUCAGUGUUUGAGCUAGCAGAUAUGGAAAAGAUCGGACACAUAGACUUGUUCAGGGCCACCCAGAUAAUCAAAGGGCUCAACCCUGGAAUGAAAGAGUCUAGGAUCGAGCUGAAGUUCAAGGAACUCCAGAAAGCUAAAGACCAAUACGGAGAGGCAAUUAACAUGGACACCUUUGUGGAGGCCUACUGCGAGCUCUGCACUCGACCAGAGAUCUUCUUCCUACUAGUGCAGUUCUCCAGUAACAAAGAGUACCUGGACAGCAAAGAUCUGAUGCUGUUUGUAGAGGUGGAGCAGGGUGUGGAAGGCGUAACGGAGGACAUGUGCAGGGAUAUUGUUCAGAAAUUUGAGCCGUCCGCCGAAGGCAGAGAGAGGGCUUACCUCUCCAUUGAUGGCUUUACACACUACCUCCUCUCCUCCGAAUGCCACAUCUUUGACCCCCAGCACAAACGUGUGUGCCAGGAUAUGACUCAGCCUCUGUCCCACUACUACAUCAACUCAUCACACAACGCCUCACUUCUGGAAGACCAUUUCUGGGGUUCGUCAGACAUCAGCAGCUACAUCAGAGCCCUAAGAAUGGGCUGUCGCAGCAUUGAGGUCAUUGUAUGGGACGGUCCUGAUAAUGAACCAGUGGUGUAUGUGGGCAGUUCUGUAGCCUCCCAUCUCGCUUUCUCUAAAGUCCUGGACAUUAUAAACCAAUAUGCUUUUGAGAGCUCAGAGUAUCCCCUGAUUCUCUGCUUAGUGACCCACUGCUGCAUCCCCCAGCAGAGGGUCAUGGCACAGCAUAUGAAGAAGAUUCUUGGGGACAAGCUGCACAAUGAACCCCCCAACAAGGAGGAGAACUACCUCCCCUCCCCUGAGAAACUCAAAGGUAAAAUCCUAAUCAAGGGUAAGAGGCUAAACCCCAACUGCACUGACGCUGAGGGUGAUGUGACAGAUGAGGAGGAGGGGCUCGAAAUGUCUCGAAGAGUGGGAGCUGAUGAGAAGGACCACCUAAACGGCUUGGGCUACAAGAGACUCAGACUGUGCAGGGAGCUCUCUGAUCUUGUAUCUCUUUGCAAGUCAGUCCAGUUUAGGGACUUUGAGAUCUCUAAGAGAGACCAGAAAUACUGGGAGAUUUGCUCCUUCAAUGAGGUAGAUGCAAACAGGUUUGCCAAUGAGUUCCCAGAGGAAUUCGUCUGUUAUAACAAGCGCUUUAUCUCCAGGGUAUAUCCCACACCUAUGAGAAUCGAUGCCAGCAACAUGAAUCCCCAGGAUUUCUGGAAGUGUGGCUGCCAGAUUGUGGCCAUGAACUACCAGACGCCAGGCCUCAUGAUGGACCUCAAUCUCGGCUGGUUCAGGCAGAAUGGCAACUGUGGGUAUGUUUUGCGGCCAGCCAUCAUGAGGGAGGAGGUGUCCUACUUCAGUGCCAAUGCUCGGGACUCGCUACCAGGAGUCUCUGCUCAGCUUCUUCACAUCAAAGUCAUCAGUGGGCAGAAUCUGCCCAAGCCUCGUGGCUCUGCCGCCAAGGGUGAUGUGGUGGAGCCCUACAUAUAUGUGGAGAUUCAUGGCAUCCCAGCUGACUGUGCUGAGCAAAGAACCAAGACUGUGUCCCAGAAUGGUGACAACCCUAUUUUUGAUGAGAGCUUUGAAUUCCAGAUUAAUCUACCGGAACUUGCAGUGCUGCGAUUUGUGGUUUUGGAUGACGACUACAUUGGAGACGAGUUUAUUGGCCAGUACACGAUCCCAUUUGAGUGCCUACAGCCAGGCUAUAGGCAUGUCCCCCUGCAGUCUCUGACAGGAGAGUUCCUCCCCAACACCACCCUGUUUGUCCAUGUAGCCAUCACCAAUAGGCGUGGGGGAGGAAAGGCACAUAAGAGGGGUCUGUCUGUCAGGAAGGGGAGGAAGGCCCGAGAGUACACCACCACCAAGACCACAGGAAUCAAAGUAGUGGAUGAGCUCUUUAGAGCUUCCACGCAGCCCCUCAGGGAGGCCACAGACCUCAGAGAAAAUGUACAGAAUGCCAUGGUGUCCUUCAAGGAGCUCUGCGGCCUGACCCCGGCGGCCAACAUGAAGCAGUGUAUUCUGACAGUGUCGACCUGGCUGAUGAACAGCGAGCGGUCCCUGAGGGUAACAGUGGACCUGAGCGAGACUUACCCCACCAUGGAGGCUCAGGGUCCUGUGCCUGAGCUGCUGCGCAAAGUGCUCAAUGCCUAUGACAUGAUGAUCCAAACGAGCAGAACACUGAUCGAGUCGGCUGACGUCGUCUACUCCAAGCUCACACAAGCACAACGGGCAGGUCUGGACUUCCAUGAGGACCUGCACCGCAUCGGAGCAAAGGAGGGUCUAAAAGGCCGAAAACUCCAGAAGGCGAUGGAGAGCUACGCCUGGAACAUCACCGUCCUCAAGGGCCAGGCUGACCUGCUGAAGCACGCUAAGAUCGAGGCGCUGGACACCCUGCGUCAGAUACACUGUGCAGCUCAGUCCUGUGGUCUCAGUAAGAACGGAGCGGCUUCCCCACAGCUCCAGCACCAUCUUCACCACCAGCCACAGCAGGUCCAGAUCCAGCAGCAGCCUCAGGCCAAGGCUCACCCACAGCCUCCUGCACCACACCAGACCCAAACUUUGCCCCAGUCCCAGACAGCACCUCAGGCUUAUCUCCAUCCCCAGCUACCAGCUCUCCCUCUGAUUCAAACUGUUUCGAAACCACCAGCUUAUACUCAGCCCCCAACCCUGCCCCAGUUCCAGAGCCAGCAGCAGAGGGCAGCAGGACCUCUGGACGCCAUCUCCGAGAAAGAGAUGGUCAAUGACGAUCCCGUGGGAUCCUGCUGACCCGCAGCCUGUGCCCACAGAGAAUCCUUUCCAAUGAGAGAUAGAGAGAGCGAGAGAGAGGGGGAGAAGCAGAAGGGUGUAGAAGAAAAACAAGAAGUGGGUAACGAAAGGGAGAUGGAGGAAUUGGCUAAGAGAAUAAAAGAGAUGAUGAUGGUGAGGAGGACUCGUCGUGUUAGAAGUGAGACACAGGUUUGAGUUGGGCUGCGGGAGAAAAGACAGAGAGACCUCACACUUCAGUCACGCAUUUCUAAACUGAGGAUGGAAAACUGGAAAGACAAUGGGCCUCAUUCAUAAAGAUUCUGACAUUCACUAAAAUGAUUUGUUCUUAAGUGAGAGAAGAAUCUACGCACAUUAAAGAACACACAUAUGCACAUCUGAAUGCUGACAUGUUUGUGCAAAAUAAUUAGUUAUUCUGCUAUAAAGUUAUGUAUUAUUAUAGGAUUUAAAUUACAAUUAUAUUUGUAUCAUAAUAAGUAUUUUUUUACAAAGCAAUAUGGUCUUUUAAAUGAUAUAAUGCACAUACAACCACUUCAGCUUUCAUCAGUUAUAUAAAUUCAAAACAAUGCUAUCCAAUAAUUAAGGAUUUAUUUAUUUUUUAAUUAAAUUGUAUGCAUUUUUUUAACUUUUAUAUGCAGGUUUAACCCUCUUGAGACUUUUAAUUUGGACAUUCUUGACUUAAUUGUUUGUGUGUGUCUUAUACAGAAGAAUAGGCCUUACCAAGAACCCAGCUCGACCCGUUCAUGAAUCUGACGUGAACUAUCCUUUGGAACUUUCUUCGCAACAAAUUUAAGAAAAGCUUAAGAUAUUGGUGAAUGAGGCCCAAUGUUUACUUUCUUCAUGCAUUUGGAAGCUAAUCUUCCAUCUGAGCCAGGAGGUUUAGGUCUCUUCUGUUUUCGCUCUUGUGAAAAGCCAAAAGGGUAACAGCUGGUAACAAACUUCUGCUGUGUGUUUCUGCAUAGGAUUGUGUUUAACAGUUGGAUCAGUUAGACAUCUCCGUCUCUCUCUGGGCAGUGCUGAUUACACGCCCCUUCAUUACGUACUCUAGCUCUGUGGGUACAGGCUUUACCUCACCUUGUGGCAAUUUCUGCCACAAAUUUGCCUUUUCAUUUCCUGAGACUCUUUGGCAUGUCCUUGAGCCAUUAUUGCUUUCAUGCUCACACUCUUCCUUUUCCAUCUUAAAGCUAAGUGCAAACCCUCACUCCUUUCAAUAAAGAGGAUGCCAUUUUUAUUUUAAGUGAACAACGUAGAGCAGCUCGACUAGGCUGAGCUCUGUAGGCGUCACAGAUGUCCAUUUCUGCACAAACCAGGAAGCUGUAGAGCCAAAAUAGAAAAACAAACUGCAGCUGUUGAUGUUUCCAGUCACAUCAACGCUCAACUCGCGUCUUUUGCUGGUGUCAACGUCCAUCGAGCCCCUGCACAUCUUCAGUGUCAUUCCAUAGGAUUUCAGUUCUUCAGCAUUCCUGGACUCUCCCCACAGGGUCUCCUCCCCAGGGGCUGUGUGUGUGUGACGUUACGUGAGUCUGUGUUUUGGUCCCCAGGGUGGAGCUAGCCCACGUCCGUUAGUGGCAGAGCCCACCAGCCAAUCACAACUGGAAUAUCUGACCUUGCCUGUUAGAGAUCAACAGGAACAUGGUACUGCUGUCCAUAAAAAAAACACAAAAUAAAGUGAAUAUAGAUGUAAACUGUAUGUAAAAUGUACGAAGGGAACAUAUAUUGCUAUAAUAAUUCUUGCAGACACAGACAUUAAUGAUUGAUAUUAUAAUAAUUGUUGUUAGUUCUAUUGAUAUUCUGAUUCUUUUUUUAAUAUUACUUCCACAUAUACAGUGAUUUGACACCUUGUUCUGUGGUGCAGAUCAGGACAACCAGUGCAUGUGGGACUGAACUGAGGGAUUACUGGUUGGCACCACCACAUGAGAGUCAACAAUAACCUGACAUGUGUUUCACUGCAGAGUGAGUGUGGAUUCUGUAAGAGCUCCUUUAAGUGGCCCAUUAAAACUGGCUUCAUUGUU